AUGAAAAUCGUCUUGCUUACUCUCUUUGCCCUAGCUGGGACAGCCUUUGCCAAUCCCACUGCCAUGCAAGCACGAGGCCUUCCGCAGCCUGGCUCAGAAGCUGCCCACGCGCUUUUGGAUCUGGUCAGCGAGGGGAUGAAAUCUUGGGGCUUGGCUGGUGGCGUCAACCCUCCUAGCGGAAACCCUAGCGGCCCAUCGCGCAACAUGCCUGGCGGUCUGCCCGAGCUAAACCGGCCCCAUCCCCCGAAGCAGAACGGCGUGCCCGGAACACCAGGCAACCCCCUAGGGCCUCGCAAGAAGCAAGGGCGAAUCUACCCGCGUGGCAAGUCAUGCACAAAGAAGCGCGGUAUGCAGUGCUCCGCCGACACAACCGCGACUGGAAGAUCGUCCCGGUACCCGAAGCUUCGCCUCAACGGACGGGGCGGAGCCAUGGUGGCGUUUGCGAACCUUUCACCUCAUGCUCAUGAUAUCCUAGCAGCGGUCCAGAAAUGGGACAACCCCGCUAGCAGGGCAGUAGCAUGGUUUGAUGGGGCGAUGGCAGACCUUCAGGAGUCUAUUGGAGGAAAGCAGGUACCCGAGAUCCAUGGCAACGAGCUCAAGCUAUGGCUAAUUUGCCUACUCCGGAGCGAUAACCCAAGGUACCCGGACGCAGUUGACAAGGCGUGCCAGCGGCGGAAGGCCGCGCCUGUCGAGGAGCAGAAGUAUCGACAGGGAAUUAACGGGUUAAACCAAGUGGCAGAACUGUGCGAGAAGGCUGAGGAGGACCCUCCUUCGGAUGAAAACAUGAAAACAGAGGUGUUAGAGCACUGCGACAAGUUUGCCGAGACCCUGGAGAAUAUGAUCGACAGCAACGCGGGACUGGUCCUACUGGGAGAGUGGGCUCGUGCUCGAACACUCAACAACCAUGGAAUCGAAGAAUCUGACCAGCUCAUUGCGAAGGAAUUUAUCCAAAAAGGCGCGUUCGGUCCCGCCGUGGACGAAACGGAAGCGGGUGAGGUCGCCACCCUGUACCUGGAGCACAUGUCUACCUAUGCCAUCAUAGAAGUAGAGGAGGACGGUGUCGGAGAACUGAUCAAGCAUGACUCGCCGCCGUCGUGGCUCGAGUUACUGCAGAUGGGAGCCGGCUACGUCCCGCAAGACAGAGCGGCCGUGGAUGAGGCGUUGAAGCUCCUCGAGGGCAGCCCCCACCUCCGCCAUCUUGACAAGGAGGGAAGGGACGUUAUGCUGCCGGUCGCGACUUGCUGGGACCAGGCGGGCUUGCUGGCGUUCCAGCCCCGUCGGUGGGAUUUGAUCUCCGCGGCCAUGGUUUAUCUCGAGGGGAAGCUACGGGACACCAAGAGCACCCUCUCGUGCGCACCGUGCAUGGCGCCCGAGGGCUUCUGGUUGCUACGUUGCGGAUCUGCCUUCCCAUAG